UCCUGAAGGAAAAGAGCCUGUGCUCCACUGUUCCAACUUGUCAGUCAACUCAUGCCAGCACUCUCCCUGUCUGCCUCUUCUCCACACCCUCAUUACAUGUGUCUGUCUGGACUGAUCUGCUCAUCUGUUCAGGGACUCUUCUGACAAAUCAAAAAUUCUGCCUCUUUCUGCUCUGGAAUUGGAUCAAAUCACCUCAGCUCCUUUUAUUUUUUUUUUUUUACCAUAGCCCCACCAGGAGGUUUUUUGCUUAUGGUCUCAUUCUGUUUGCCUUCAAUACCUGUCUGUUUUUGAUUUGUAGAAUGGAGGAAGCUGAACUGCUGAAAGAAAGAUUCCAAGCCAUAACAGACAAAAGAAAACUACAAGAAGAAAUUACACAGAAACGUCUAAAAGUAGAAGAGGAAAAAAUGAAACACCAACAUUUAAAGAAAAAGGCCUUGCGAGAAAAAUGGCUCUUGGAUGGCUUUAGUUCUAUGACUCCAAAAGAAGAGGAAGAAAUGCAGAAGCAGAAUCAGGAAGACCAACAACGGACUCAUGAGUUGGAACAAGACAUUUUCAGACUGGAGAAGGAAAUUGAGGCUCUAGAAAGACAAGAAAUGGAAGUCUCUGCUAAGGAAGAAGCAAUUUUAAAGAAACUGAAGUCUGUUGAGAAAACAACAGAAGACAUAAUAAAGUCUGUGAAGACUGAAAAAGCUGGAUUUGAAAAAGAGGCAGCAGACUACAUAUAUGCCAGCAUCCCUGACCUCCCCAAGUAUUUCAGACCUUCUGCACUGAGAAGUACAGCACAUGCUGAUAUGGAUGAUGAAGAAAAGAGAAAAGCAUUGUUUGCCAUGGAAAUUAAGGUUGAAAAAGACAUGAAGACAGGUGAAAACACAGUGUUAUCAACAAUACCUCUUCCCUCAAAGGAGUUUAAAGAGACAGGCAUUAAAGUCUAUGAUGAUGGCAGGAAGUCAGUCUAUGCAGUGUCCUCAAAUGGGAGCACAACACAAAAUGGGGUGGAUGAACUUGCUCCUGUUGAAGUGGAAGACCUGCUACGGCAGGCAACUGAAAAAAAUUCUCAGUCUCCCACAGAGUACCAUGAACCUGUCUUUGCAAACAAAUUCUGCAGGCCAGUUACUCCUCAGAAAGACAAAUUAGUCCCUGGACCAAAACUGGAAGGCACUGACAAAAGAGAGAUGAAUGGAUUUAGCAAUCAUCAGACAGGGCUCUCCUCCAAAACAGAGCCCUUUAUGCAGCAAAAUAAAGAGAAUGGCCUUGAUCUUCCAAAGGUAGCACAACCAAAGCCUCCCUCUCCGGUAAUUUCACAUACAGAGAAGAAAAUGCACAUUAAUCCUGAGAACAGGAUGAUUCAUAAUGAAGAAAGAAAUGCUGCACAUGAGGAAUUAAAACCUUACCAGGAUAUCAUGGAAAGACAUAGUGAGACAAGGUUUUUAAAUCCCUGUCAUCCAAAUGAAGCAUCCCCUGCACCUCAAGAUGAGGAAGAUGUUCGGUACAACAUUGUCCAGGCUGUGCCUUGUUACGUGGAUGAAUCUGAGCCUGUCACGAUGGUGUUCAUGGGUUAUCAGCGCAUCGACGAUGACGAUGCAGAAGCAAACCAGAAGCUGUCCCAGUAUGAUGGGGUUAUCCGUGCAGAACUAGUUAUCAUUGAUGAUGAUGAUGAUGAUGACAGCAAAUCUGAGAAACCAGCAUAUCACCCCAUAGGCCAUUACAGUCAAGUUUAUCAGCCACCAAACAGGAAAACCACAGAAGUCCAACAGACAAACCCUGUGAGCAGUCUGGGUGCAAGCCUGAACAAGGUACCCCACAAAAAUUCCAUCUCCCUGCAAGAACAAGAGGAACGCUUAAGCUCACCAACACACCAUGCUCAUCUUCACAGCCAGAUGUCUGGAGAUGGUACAGAAGAUCCCUCGCUAACAGCUCUGAGGAUGAGAAUGGCAAAGCUGGGGAAAAAAGUGCUUUAACAGCUGUAAUGACACGGGAGUAAAAUCUAUCACUCAAAGCAGAUAAAGCUAAGAAGACUUUCUUCCACAUACUUUUUCUGGAUCAUAAUACUUGGUUUGCUACUCUGUUUCAUGGGUUAUUUUGCCCUCUGUAUAAUGCAAUGGACUUUAACAGCCUUUCAGAUUUGACCAACUGCCACACACACACAAAUCACAUCCUGGAUUUUGUUAAAAGUAGUGGGAAGUUACCUAAGGCCAUAAAUGCAGUGUAUAUACAAGUAUGAAGAGAUGUGCAUACCUGUUCUCACAAUCAGAAAUAUGCUGUUGCUAUAUACACAGAGCAGAUAAACACCUAUCUCCAUGGAACUUCAUGGGACAUUUUUUCACAUUAAAGUGUGCCAAUUUAUCUGAUUUUGCUGUUCCAGCAUUCUUUCUGUAAAAGCAUUGGCUAAUGAAAAGCAAAAUAUGAGAGAGGAGCAGGAAGAAAUGUAAAUACAAAAAGUCCUUUCCAAUUAUACUACCUUGGAUGAAAUGUAAAGCAUUCCUUUUUUUAGGUGAUAGCAGAACAAACCAAAUAUAAUUAAGCCAGCAUAUUUAAAUAUUUAGCCACCUUCUAGAGCUCCACACUCCAUUCACCCUUCUAUGUUACAUAUCACAGCGUAGCCAUCCUCACACCCGGCUCUCUUCACCAUCCCACAAACAUGCUGCCCACCCACAACCUCACAGAUCAAUCUUGUGCAUAUUAUGAACAGCCUGACCUCCUGAGCAUAGUUUCACCUCCCAGCUUGCUGAGAAAGCCCUAUUUUUCCAAGAAACUGGUUGCCAGACAGGCAGUGCCUAUCCAUAAAAAACAAAACAAAACAAAAACAAACAAAAACCCAACCAAAAUAAACAGAAAACCCCAACAACAGAAAAAUACCCCAACAACCAUGGUGUUUAGGUGUCAGUUGGCUGAGGAGCUAAAAUCAGCAAGCCUCCUACCAGAAAUACUGAGUUGGCAGUAGCUUGUCCUGCAGCUGAAAACAAAGAUCUGUUUAAGGUGCAGCCACUGCUGGGCCCAGUUCUCCAGCAAGUUUCAAGGCUCCCACCAAAAAAAGAGCUUGAUUCUUUACACAUGAUAGAGGAGGUAUGGGCCCUAAAAGCAGGUUCAACCACACCUAGAAAAAUCUCAACCAAGUCAGAUUUCCCAGUACAUAGUUCUUGGGGAGAAAAAGUAUCUCAUAGCACACCACACCAUUAUACUCAAAUCAGUACAGCAGCUUUAAUUCACUAGGGCCUUAGCCUCAUUUGUAACACUAAACAGAUAAAGUUCAGGUUGUGUUAUUCUGGUAUAGCUGACUCAAAUUAUGCACCAGCCAAAAAAAGAAAAAAAAAAAAAGCUAUAAUUUUUUGCUGGUAUUCUUUUCAAAGCAGGAAACUGAAGUUACUACCUCAUACUGAGGCACGAUGGUAGUAAUUGACUGAUUUGUAGCCUCUAAACACUUGGUGGCUCCCAGUCUGAUAUGGGUAAUAAUCUCAAAUUUUAAGACUUGUCAGAAAUGGUUAUGUGGAGAAUGGAAUAGUUAAUAAGAAUGAAUAAAUUUUAUUAUAGUUCACUUCCUCUAUGUCUAUCCUCUUGUUUGUUGUUGGUGUUUUAUAGUGGGUUUUUUCCUUAUGCUAUUUUUGUUAUUUGCUGGUUGUGAGAGCAGGCAGCUUCAGCUUCAACUCUCAAGGAUACACCAAGAAACGAGAGUAGGUAAGUGAUAUGAAGUAGUCACAAACAGCAGUAGAUGACUAUGGACAUUCAUUCUCUGCUCCUCCAACAACCUGUACUAUUAAAUUAAAUAACAUGGAAAAGGGUGCAAUUAACAUCGCAAUACUAGUCAAGCAGUUUAAAGGAAAGACUGAAAAGUUUUGUUCUUCUGGAAAGUCAGAAUGUUCAUCAUCUGAGUGCUACAGCCACAGAGCUUUCCUGCAUCCUGUAUCAACAAGAACAGAAAUACAAGGCAGCAAAUCAUCUUUUUAAGGGUCAGUAGAGAUGCCAUGCAAAACUCUAAUUCAUCAUCAAAGCCAAGUGAUUUCUAAGGCCCCACAAGACAAAAGUCUCUGAAUCAAAGCUGAAGCUGCAGUCCUUCUUAAGUGCAGUAUCAUUUGUGUGGGAUGAUUGCCAUAAACAGCUGGUUCAGAGUGAUGCAGUUUUGUGGUUUACAUUAUGUAAAGUCACUUUUGCACAGCACAGGGAAGACCAGCAGAAGCUAGACAGUGGUUGAACUACGUCAGGUAUGAACUAAAACAGGUGGUUCCAAGCAUGUUCUGAAGAAUUUGUUUUGUCAGUUCUGCUGUUCCAUUUACAUAGGUAUGUGCAACAGCUUCCCCCUUCACACAAAUCCCUUAGAAAAGUCAGAAUCAGAGUUAUGUGAGCAAAUAAUUUCUCAGACCUUCUAGCAGAUGACCCUGUUAACCAUCCUUCCACCCACUUGGACACUUUUUACUUCAGCCUGCACUUCUAAAAGCAUUUGGGUAUUAACUUCUGCAUAAAAAUUCAAAAUACUGCAGUUUUUCCUUAGUGAAUGAUGUUCGUCUUCAUUGGUCUUGAAAAGGAUAUACCCACAAGACAAAAGAACACUAUCCAUAUACCUGCUCAAGCAAAAGCUUCAGCAUAGAUAUCAAACAAACACACAUCCCAGAAUGUCUAUCUGUAGGAGUUGGCUUGAAUUUAAGGAUUGAGUUUCUUAAUAAACCUUGGGAAUUUUUCCAAUUAGUUCAUUUAGGAACACUUCCUAUUUUAGAAGAUCUUUGCACGUCAACCUCUCACUGACACUUUAUAGAAAGCAAGCAAAACAAAAGGGCGGUUACUUGAACAAGGGCGCCACGUAGUGUUACAAACUGAUGGAACAGAAAGCAGGCAAGCUCUCCUUAGCCCCCCCUGGGUAAAGGACAAACGGGCCAUUGGCACUCAGAGCUGAUCUUUGACAGAAAACAAGGUAGCACUCGGUGUAAGAAGGACAAAUGAAAUACACCUUCCCCUGCUUCAUGCUGCAGCCUGAAAUAUCAACUAGCUAAAAAAAAUUACUUAAAGUAAAACAAAGUAGGUGUGAACUCCAUUUAUAUUUGCACCAAGUAAUUUUUGUUCAAAGCACAGGCAAAGAACGUGACUUGUGGCUAAGCCAAGAGCACAUGACCAGUAUUUGGAGGCUGCACCUAACACUCAAAACAGUAACCUGCUUGUGAGACUAAUCACAAAUUUCUACCUGCCAUCAAUUUUCCUGCCAAUAUCAAACCCUUGCACAGAUUUCUUUCAAAGGAGUACACAAAAAAAUUUGAAAGACACUGGAAUAUAAUGACACAUUACUUCCUCUUACUAGUUAUGCAGGAAAAGGGCAAGAGUGGUUGUG